AUGGAUAUACAGUUGUUUGAAUCUGUAUUACCUGAUAUUAAGCUAUCAAAAAUCGAGGCGGCGCUCGCCGGUGGUCAUCAUAGAGGAAUCGAGAACCCCUGUGGGGUGUCAUUCUUUUUUCUGGUGGAGACAGUAGUGGAGCAGAGGGUAAAUGGCGGACUCCGAUGGUUGGUUGUCGGUACAUCGCCUGAAGCGGUGGAGGUAGCUGGUAGAAGAAGGGAGGAGACUGGAUUUGGGGAGGAUAAAGUAAAAUGUGAAACCAUACUAAUUUCUCUCCAUCCUUAUAUCUCUUUUGCUGCACAUCAACCUGUAAGUAUUUAUUUGCACUUGCAUUUGAUUUCCAAUUUCUGUUUGAACCUACAUCGAUUUAAUAUCCAUUAUCGUCAUGGAAACCCUAGUUUCUCAAUCAUGCCCGAUACUUCCACCUCCCAAUCAAUACACAUGAUGCCACCAGCUCCACCACUUGAUUCCACAAAAGAACUCAGAAUGAAUCUUAAAGACCUCCAAGCACCACCUGGCGGUAGUGACACUGGUUGUGGUGGAGGUUCUGUAAAGAAAAGAGGAGUAGGAGACACAGUGAGUGCUACUCCAAAACAACCAAGAGCUAAGAAACCAAAGAAAGCAACUUCUAUACCAAAAAAAACAAGGCAUCAAAGGUCAAAAUCAAUCAAGAGGAAUAUGGAUGUGGUGAUAAACGGUCAAAAUCAAUUAAGAGGAAUAUGGAUUCCAAUACUUGUUUGUUCAUGUACAGGGGUCCCACAACAAUGUUACAGAUGGGGUACAGGUGGGUGGCAAUCAGCUUGUUGCACCACCACCAUAUCCAUGUAUCCACUACUAGUGAGCACAAAACGCAAGAGUGCUAGAAUUGUAGGGAGGAAGAUGAGUCAAGGGGCAUUCAAGAUAGUGUUGGAGAAACUUGGAUCUGGAAGCUAUAACUUUGCUAAUGCAAUUGACCUAAGGGCACAUUGGGCAAAACAUGGCACAAACAAGUUUGUCACUAUCAGGUAAACUGAAAACUGAAACGCUUGUUUGGUUUUCUAACUUGUAUAUAUAUGUUUGUGGCCCUUUGCAGAGGUUAAAAUGGUAAUUUGUACGUCUGUUAAUCCAUG